UUAAGCUGACAACAGAUCACCACAGCUAUUGUAAUCUUUCCUCACAAACGCCCCCUCAAAUCUCUCCAACUUCUGCAAAACUUAUGUAAAAAAGAGAAGCAGGAGAAAGUAGAAGCAGGUGAAAGUUGAUCCACCAAACCAGUGGAGACGACAUCGUUGAAGAACUGAUCGAUUGGAGCCGCUUUGGUUUCCAUUGCUUGAUGUGCUUACUUCGGUUUGGUGAAUUUUGCGAAGGAAGUAGAAGCGAAAGAUUGGGUUUAUUCAAGGUGAGAAGCGGGGGUAAGCAAAACGGUUUUAUGGCUCUUGAAUGUUGCAGUAAAGAAGGAUGUUUAUGAUCCAAAGGAGGGGAAGACCGAAGUAAUAUGUGAGAAUCGGAGAAGUUAGAAAGAAUGUGAAGGAAGAAUGUGAAGACGAUGAGACAUAUUAGGUUUCGACAAAGCUGGUGUGACGUGGCACAAAACUGCUAUGUAAUUGGUUGAUUUUUUGAGCUGAUGUGGACAGCUUAGAUGUUGAUCUUAUUCCCCUUUUAGUAUUGUGAUUUUUAAAAAUGUUAAAAUUUAUUAAACAAAAAAAAAAUCAUUUUACAAUGAAUGAGACGGUAGUACUUAGAAUUAGACAUAGAAUUAGAUAUUGCUAAAAAUUGUUCUAUUGUAAAAAUUGUUUUAUGCUAUUUGAGUUUAGUUUUGAGAAAAUGACCAAAAUAGCAUUAAAUCAAGUUUUUGUUCCCAAACUAGCACUCAAGGCCAAAAGUCACAGAAAUAGCACUCAAGGGGUGGGGUUUAGGGUUUAGAGUUUAGGGUUUAGGGUUUAGAGUUUAGGUUUUAGGGUUUAGAGUUGAGAAGUGAGGUUUUGGAGAGAUUUCAAAUUUUCAAAAGUAAAAAAAUAUAAAUUUUUCAAAAGAUAAAAUGCUAUUUUGGUUAUUUUAGUUUUUGAGUACUGUUUUUGUGAUAUAAACUUAGAAAUGUGCUAUUUUGGAGAUUUGCCCUUUAGUUUUCCCAUAUUACUGUUUUAAUGUGCAUAACAUGGAGUGCUGAAUGAGAAAGUACCCAAGUUUGAUACUCUUGUACUAUGUUCUACCUCUUUCUGCUCAGUUACUUAAAGCUACAUAUAUGAACUUCUCAUAACGUUUCUAAAAAUACCUCAUACCAAUUCUGCGGACUUUAUUAUAAAUGUCCAUAUCAUACCAAUUCUGCGGACUUUAUUGUCCAUGUGCAGUGAAUAUGGACACUUGUUUUCUUAGCAGUUUCACGAGAACAUAACGUUUGUAUUUAUAUGCGUUUAGUCUACAACUCUGCACGAAGUUUUUGACUUUUCAACGGAGGGUUUCUCUAGUCGAGCCGACUAAACAAACAAACAAACAGAGUAAAGCUGAAGAACAAUUGUUCAAUGGAUUCAAUGGUGAAGAAGUUGAAGAACAAUUUGAGUUCUGGUUCGUUCGGGAAGAAUAAGGAAAGAAGCAUAAAGAAGCAAAGGAGGUUCUUGGAGAACGGAAGCAUCUUGCUCAACGAACUAAUCGCUGAUUGUAACGGUAAAACCAUUCCUAUACGCAGCUUUUCCUCUUCUCAGAUCCUUAAAGCUACCAACAACUUCGACACCAGUUGUUCCAUCGCCCAAGAAGGGUUCUACAUAUGGUACAAAGGUGUUAUCGAAGAUAGAUCUUACAUGAUCAAAAGAUUCUCCGAGUACAAAGUCACUGACCGCAGAGUAGGAGAGGUUUACAAAGACAUAGUCUUGUCUGCUCGGAUGAGCAGCCACAACAACUUUCUCAAACUACUAGGAUCUUGUCUCGAGUUCCCUUUUCCAGUUCUUGUUUUCGAAUACGCAGAACAUGGAGUCUUGAAUCAUCGAGGAGGUGUUACCACCGUUAACGGGGAGGAAUCUUUACUGCCUCUGAGUUUGAGGCUAAAGAUUGCAAAGGAGAUUGCGAACGCAUUGGCUUAUCUCCACAUGGCCUUCCCUAAGAUCAUCAUAUACAGAGAUGUUAAACCGAUGCACGUUUUCUUGGACGAGAACUGGACCGCAAAGCUGUCGGAUAUGUCUUUCUCGAUAUCGCUCGAGGAAGGUAAAUCACGGAUAGAAGCUGAAGACGUGCUGGGUACGUACGGGUACCUCGAUCCGUUAUACUUUGCGACAUUGGUUGUGUCGGAGUACACAGAUGUGUACAGCUUUGGAGUCUUGUUGAUGGUUCUUCUCAGUGGUAGAUCGGUUUACUUUAAUGUAUCUGAUGGGGAUCCAGUAGGUAUUCUUCAAUAUGUGAAAGGCUUAUACGAGGUUGGGAAGCUCAGUGAAGUAAUUGAUCUCAUGGUGAUGAAAGAUAUUACUAGCGCUCAAAGAUUGGAGGCGGAAGCUUGUGUUUUACUUGCACUGAGAUGCUGUAGGGAGAGGGAUGAAGACAGACCGAAGAUGAUCCAGGUUGCUAAAGAACUCAAGCGGGCUGAGACAUUAUUUCUAUGAGAUCCUUCUGUUCUGAUAUAACCCUCUACACAACUUUUGUAACAUUUUUGCAUGGACAAUAAUAUAUAAUAGAUUAGCUGAGUAAACAAUCCUUACAUGUAAUAGAUAGAAAAUUCUGUACACUCUUAUUUUUUAUAUGUGAUCUUUGUAUAAGCCAA